AUGGCAUCCAAAUCCAGUACCAUCUCUAGUUCCAACUCCACCUGGACUCCCAAGCAAAACAAACUAUUUGAGAAGGCCCUUGCUAAAUUUGAUAAAGACACCCCUGAUCGUUGGCACAAUAUUGCCAAAGCUGUUGGUGGAAAAUCUGCGGAGGAAGUCAAAAGGCACUACGAAAAACUCAUAGAGGACGUGAAAAGUAUUGAGUCUGGUACCAUUCCAUUCCCGAAGUAUAGAUAAACAUGAUAAUAGAUGCCAACUCGCUUCAAAAAUCGUUAAAGGUUAACAUAUGUAGUGUAUGAAGCUCCGAAACUGAAAUUCAAGAUGCUUCUGCAUAGUAGUAGCCAAUCCUACUACCAGCUUCUUCUAUCCAAGCUUUUAAAUUUGCUAUAUACUGUAUUACUUAUACAUAAUGUAGUGCAACAUGCACCUACUACAUGUAUUGCUUUGGUAAUUAUCUUGUACCAGAAUUGCUUCAUCAAUAAGAAUACAAAUGUGUGUGAUGCUUGAAUUAA